CUAUCGUUUCGGGAGGUUAAUUAAACCCAACUGCGCAGGCGAGGGCCGAUUCGUCAGGCCCUGCACUUAAAUUUCGUCGUGUCCGAUGAGUGGGAUUCGCGCUAAUCCAUGUUUGAUAUCCAUUUGCUGCAAAAACAGCUAGCCUGAGGCUACGAGUAUAUUUUUCAUUAAGUACUUUGCAAAACAUUACCAUUAAUUUGACUACAGCUAUGUGCGUGCUAUCGUGGCCUGUGCUUCUCUCUUGAUGGGAAUCCAAACCCGAGCGUAUGAAAUAUUAUUGUUAAAAUUAUGACUAAGUUAGCGAAAUUGCAAACGUUCAUAAUGUUUAGUCCUCAAAAAAAAAAGUUUGUGAAUGCUCUGGCAUUUGUGAAAGAGAAGGUAAUCAUUAUUACCAUUUUUUACUAAGAGCCAAGUUGUUAAUUUUUCAGUCAACAUGUGCGGAACGCUAGUAAAGGUUUGAAUAAGCCAUCAUACAAAACAUAAACUGUGUGCUUCUGGCUAGGUGUGAAACAUAGAGGUACCACAUGUUGAGAAUGAAUUUGAAGAGAAGAAGAAGAAGAAGCGCUUGUUCCUUGUGUGUUGCCUGGAUCGUCCGUAGCCUGAAUAUGGAUUUCAGUAACAACCAGCAAAGCGGGAGGCCUCUCGUACGGAGCCCAGCCGAGCGCACACACUCCUGGCAAGAGUCCUCGACUUCCUCCGGUUGGUCUCCCCCCUGGGAUCUUUGGGAUGGGCUGCUUCCCAUUAGCGCCCAGGCCUUGCCAUCUCGCACGGAAGGUGACGCAGCUCGAGAACAUCCAGGGCCUCAGUCCAGACUCAUCCUGGUACCGGCGGCGGUAGUCGUGUUCCUGGCGGUCUCGUCCAUCGUGGCCUCGCUAUUCUUCGGCUCUCUGUUGGAAAGCCGCGCCGCGGCGCUACUCGACACUUCAGAGAGCAGCGCCGAAGCUGUGACCGGGGGAACUAACGUCAACACUCUCGAUGCUCGCCUGUUACCUACCACAGAGGACGACGCCCAAGGGAACGAUACCAGCUUGGUGAUCAGCGACCCGGAACCGUGGCGUCGAAGAUCUCGCGUCCGUGGCCCAUGAUGACUUAUGGUUAACAGUUAUUAUAGUAAUUUCGACUUCAUUGUAUUCAAAAAGACAAUGCUUAGUUUGGUUCACCUUUGCUGGUUCCAGUAUAGGCCGGUUCAUUCAAUUUUAGAGUAAUAAACGGGGUAAGGAAUCAGAAUGUUUGCUCUUGGUGAUUUUCUGCAGCGAAAUUCAGUCACAUACAAUGUAUUUAUCUUGAGCACGGAGUUAUUUUCGUUCUAGUAGAACAUCAACCACUACAUGAAGUCAACUUAACAUAUUGUAAGUGGGUACUUGUUAGAAGUUCACAUCACUUCAA